AUGAACACAAGUCCAGAUAUUGAUUUGAAGCCUAAAGUUGGUAUGGAAUUUGAUAGCUUAGAUGAUGCUUGGAUGUUUUGGGUUCAAUACGGAGGAAAAGCUGGAUUCGGAGUCAGGAAACAUUAUUUUAACAAAUGCAAAAAAACGGGUCGAACAACAUCAUAUAAAUAUGUUUGUUGUAAGGAAGGAGUGCGUCAAGAAGACAAAAGAGAUUCAUUGAGAAAAAAUCCUCGACUUGAGACUCGAACAAAUUGUAAAGUAAGAUUGGGGGUGACUUAUGUGAAUGGUGUGUAUAAAGUAAACGAGUUUAUUGAAGAGCAUAAUCAUCCUCUUCAUCUCCCCGAGACAGUACAUAUGUUAUCUUCUCAACGUCGCAUUACAGAAGUUCAAGCCCAUGAGAUAGAUUUGGCGGAUGAUGUUGGGCUAAAUCAGAAAUCGUCUUUUAAUUUGAUGAGUAGACAAGCUGGAGGAAGAGAUGGCAUUGGUUACACAAUAUUGGAUGCUAAGAAUUAUCUUCGUACUAAGAGACAGAGAAGCAUGGUAUAUGGUGAAGUCGGUUGUCUAAUGAAAUACUUUCAAGAUCAACUAUCCAAAAAUCCGUCAUUCUAUCAUGCGAACCAAAUGGAUAUGGAAGAGCAGAUAACUAAUGUUUUUUGGGCAGAUGCAAGAAUGUUGAUCGACUAUGAGUACUUUGGCGAUGUUGUGUCAUUAGAUACCACUUAUUGUACUAAUCGUGAUAAUAGACCCCUUGCCGUGUUCUCAGGUUUCAAUCAUCAUAGAAGAGCUGUGAUUUUCGGUGCAUCACUUUUGUAUGAUGAAACAACAGCUUCAUUUAAAUGGUUGUUUGAAACUUUUUUGGAGGCACACAAAAACAAAAGGCCUCUGACUGUCUUUACCGAUCAAGAUCAAGCUAUGGCAAAAGCUUUGCACGAGGUAAUGCCAGAUACAUUUCAUGGAUUAUGCACAUGGCACUUAAUGCAAAAUGGAAUCAAACACUUGGGAAAUCUUAUGAAGGAAGGAUCGUGUUUCUUGACAGAUUUUAAAAGGUGUAUGUAUGGCUUUGAGGAUGAGGCCAAGUUUGAGGAGGCUUGGAGUAACUUAUUGACACAGUUUAAUCUCCACGACAACACGUGGUUGAAACAUAUGUACAACGUGAAGGAGAAAUGGGCAUGUUGCUAUAUAAAAGCCUUCACCCUUGGUAUGAGAAGCACACAACUUAGUGAAAGUGUCAAUUCUACUAUCAAGAAUUGUACCAUGCCAACCUUAAACAUUGCACAAUUUUUUAAGAAUUUUGAGCGUGUCGUGGAGGAUAAACGGUAUAACGAACUAAAGUGUGAUUUUGAGGCACGCCAAAAAUUGCCUAGGUUGAGGUUGGAGAGUUCUCCCAUGUUACAACAACUUUCUAAGAUUUAUACUCCAUCCGUUUUUGAUCUGUUUCAGAAUGAGUUCAUCUUGUUUGCAGCUGCAUAUAUAGAGCAUAAAGAUGAGUCAGGAUCAUUAUUCGAAUAUGUCAUCAAACUAAUCAAUCAUGAUGGAGAAUGGAGGGUGACCUAUGAUCCUAAUACAAAGAUGAUUCAUUGUAGUUGCCGAAGGUUUGAGAUGAUAGGAUUGAUAUGUUGUCAUUCUGUGAAAGUGUUUGAUGUGUUAGACGUGAAGUUGCUUCCGGAGAAUUACAUUCUUAAAAGAUGGACAAGAGAAGCUAGAGCUGGUGUAGUGCACGACUAUGUAGGCAAUGAAGUUGAAGAAAAUUCUAAAUUGCAAAGUGCUGAGCGGUAUAGGAGACUAUGUCAAAUGCUUAUAAGGUUGGCUAAUGAAGCUUCUGUUCACCAAUCAACCUUCUCCUUGGUGCAUGAAACGAUGUCUGAUCUCUAUAAAAAGGUAAUGGAAAUGCGUUCAAAAGAAGAUGACCAAGAAAAUAGGAACAAUGCGAAGAUUUCCCCAGUUGUUUCUCAUAUGAUGGUAUCAAAAGGAUUCAAGAAAAAGGUUGUUGGAGCACAAAAUUCAUUGCAUGUUGCAAGUCCAACACUUCCAACAUCUAAUGCAUGCCUUGAAAGGACUGGAAAUUAUUUAAGUUUCACUGAAUUGUUAACGGCACCAUUAGAUCAAACCUUAUAUUCUGUUGAUGGAACAAAUUCCAGCAUAACAAGCAGAACAAGCAGCUUAAGUCCAAGAUGCAUUGAAUGGAGCUCUGGAGGCAUAUCUAGCAUCAACUAUCAAGAUCAAGAUCAUUGA